UGAGAGGAAUACCCUAAUAAGGAUAUAAGUGAAGAAUAAGAGGGUUAAAUAAAAAUUGAUUACAUUGAAUAUACCGUAGGUACUAGUAUCCUCAAUGUCCUCCACAAUUAGGUUAUAUACAAAUUCAUGAUUUGUGCAUGAAUUUAAAGGACGUGGCAUUGAUGUCAUAUUAAAGUUGUAUAAUAUAUAGGAAUAUAAUUGAAGGAGUUUAUCUUGGUAGAAUGAUGGUAACAUUUAAUGACAACGUAUUGUUUUUAUAGUGGCAUGUUUCCUAGCAGUUUUGCUCAUAAGAGUUUAUCGUACUUAUCCAACUUAAAAAAACUUUUCUGUUCUACAAUAUUAUUGAUAGUCUGCCAUAUUUUUCUUUUAAUUCUUAAUUCGAGAUGAGUUAAUAUCACUUGUAGAGUUACUAUUAGAGAAUGUUACUAUAAAACAAUACGUUGUCAUUAAAUGUUACCAUCAUUCUACCAAGAUAAACUCCUUCAAUUAUAUUCCUAUAUAUUAUACAACUUUAAUAUGACAUCAAUGCCACGUCCUUUAAAUUCAUGCACAAAUCAUGAAUUUGUAUAUAACCUAAUUGUGGAGGACAUUGAGGAUACUAGUACCUACGGUAUAUUCAAUGUAAUCAAUUUUUAUUUAACCCUCUUAUUCUUCACUUAUAUCCUUAUUAGGGUAUUCCUCUCAUUUAUAUAUUAGAUUUAUUAAUUUUGAUGAUGAAUGAUGAACCCCACCCCCUAUGAUUAUAUGAUUUUUUCAAACCCAAGAGGGGUUUGAAACCAUUUAUUAUAUUUCAAGCAGUUUAUCCGUUUCAAGAGCUGUUUUUGUUAUGUAAAUAUAUUGGAAAAUUCAUUGAAAAAUUAGCUGAAAAGGAAAAAAACUUUGUUUUAGUGAAUCACAUUUGACGCAUUUUUAAGGAAAUAUUGCUGGAAUGUUUUUUUGGGGAAAUCGCCUGCCCAAUAUAUUUCCAGUUAAUUAUUCUAACAAAAAUGUUCUUAUUCUCCAGAAAAAAAUCCAGCAUCAAUACUUGUCAAAAUACUUCAUUUUAAUCCAAGGAAGCGCUUAAAUGGCCGUCGUUUGUUACGUGACGAAUUCUUUAAUUCUCUUAUCUCCCUUCCUUACCGUUACAUUUAUUCUUCCUUUCGUUAAUAAUCCACUUUACAACUUUCGUUUAUUGACUUAUUAGUUUUUUUAUUGUCUUUUUUAUUAAAAAAUAUAAAACUUUCUCCCUUAUGUAUGCAUUUUUAGUGGAAAUAAAAAAAUAAAAAUAUAAAUUAGCCCGGAUCCGGUCUGGCUCAAGUUGCAAAUCCAGAUCCUGGUCAGAAAAAAUCGAUUUUGCCGGGCACUAGUUUUAAAGUUUGAUUCUCCGGGACAUGGACGAUAUGGUGCGAGUGAACAAGACGCAACUUUUAUUUGUAAAAGUUAGUGAUUCAAAUUUAAUUUUCAUGCUUCGGGUUAUUUCUUUCGGGUAUAUUUUAUUUGGGUUAAGCCGAAUCAGAUCCAGCAAAAUUUAAUAAAGGGAGUGACCCGGUUAGGGCUAAUCAUGUUAAUAAACUUGGCCUUGCAUCGCGUUUUCUCGGUUGUCUCUUGCGCACUCCUUCCCCUGACUUGUCAAAAA